AUGACACUACUCCAUAGCCUUAGCUACGUUGGCGCUGCGAUGGCCUUCAUAUUCGUGAUACUAUCUUUAGCGAGCGGUCUAUUAUGGCUGUCCGAACUAAUCGAAGAACAUUCGCGCACAUCCAAGGCAGUUGGCCAGAGAAGCACAUAUGGGAUCAUCAUCCUCCAUAUACUCCUGUAUCUAUCAGACUCUCUGCCUUUAAAGCUCAUCAUGUUCUCCAUAUUCUGCCACAUCGUCUACCUCCAAAAUUUCACUGCCAGUUGGCCGUUCAUAUCCCUUUCUUCGCUCGGUUUCGUCGCAUCGUGUGUUCUUGUCGUAUUGGACCAUUUCUUCUGGUUCUUCUACUUUUCACGAAUCACGCAGGAGACGCGACAUCGCUCUCAACGCACGUAUCGUAGUCCCCAAGAUUCUCAGGCGGCUCCAGGAUUUGCGGAGAUCGCGACUUUCUUCGGGAUCUGUGUCUGGUUUGUUCCCCUCUUUCUCUUCCUCAGUCUCAGUGCAAACGAUAAUGCCCUCCCACUGAGUGCAGAGAACAACAUCAUACCCGCCACUCCCACAUCACCAUCCAAACCCAUCAUGACUCGCCCUCGUGCUUCGCUUUUCAAGUCCUUAUACGACAGAAUGCCGCGUUUGCGGCCAAAGCAACGGCGGCGCGACACAUCCGAGGGCAUCAUAGCGCCACGCUCGCCGAGCCUUGUGCGUGUGCCGUCUUCCCCAACUCCUGGCCAGUCCUCUAUUGGUCUGCAGAGAGUGCCCUCCAUGAAUAGCCUCCCUCCUCCCCUUCUCUCCCCCACACCUCCCUUGAGGAGGUUAUCAAGUGACAGUUAUGCACACCCACCAUCUCCAGGAAUGUUAGCCGCCGGCGACACGGUAUUUGACUCGCCCCAGCCAUCAGACCGAUUGACCAAAUUCGCGUUGGGUUCGCCACCAAGGAGAGUGACGGGGAGGCCAUUGGAUGACAGACGUUUGGAGAUGAGGAGAGCUACGAGUGCAUAUGCCGGAUCCACUUGA